GGCUGGAAGAAGGUGGCGAUACGACGGCAGUUCGUGCUGUCGAGUCGCAGCGGAUGCCUCUGCUCAAAGUAGGCGAUGAUGGUGGUCUCAUUCAAGGAUCGACUUCUAUUGCUCUGGAUCUGGAGAGGAGAAUGGCUACCCUGGCAAGGAGCUCCAUUCCAAGAGAUCCUGCUCUGGCCUUUCUCGUCCAUCUCCUCGAGGACUACACGGAUGAGUGGCACAUGAAGGGCGCAUUUGCCUGGCGAUGGCUGCUGCAGGACGACGACGCCGUCAUGUGGAGCGCCCGACACGUGGUGGCAGACAUGAUCACACCGGCGUCGCGCGAGGAGGUCCGCUCGGUAGCCACCAAGUUCCUCACCCGCCAGAGGCUGCGAGUGGCACUGAUGGGCGUGGGUGAUGGGACAGGCAUUGUCUCGUGCCUCCAGCGUGACCUCCUGGCUCUCGAGCAGCACAUUGAGGACGGGCAGCGGUUCCUCUUUGGCUCGCGCCCCUCGCUAGCUGACUUUGCCGUCUUUGGGCAGCUCUCACAGCUUGUCCUCGACUACGACUCGUCCAAGUGGCUCCGCGAGAACACGCCGCGACUCUACGCGUGGACCUUUGCCCUCGACGAGCCGUCGGGCAUCGAGGGCCAGUGGCUCGAGACCUCGGAGGCCUACUCGCCGGUUGUCCUCUCGCUCCUCAAGAACAUCGGCCGCUUCUACAUGCCCUACCUCGAUGCCAACGCCCGCGCCCUCGCCCAGGGCGCAGAUUCGUUCGAAGUCAAGCUUCCCGGAGGCGCCGUCGCCCACCAGCCGCCCAUCGAGCACCAGGCCGCCUCGCUCCACGAUCUCCGCGCCAUGUACGCUAUGCUCAACCCCAAGUCGCGCGCAAAGGUCCAAGACGUGCUCGAGCAGGCCAACGUCGUCAAAUACCUCGUCGACACCUCGGCCUCUGUCGGCCCCACCGCUGCCACCUCAUCGUCUCCAUCGUCGUAAACAGGACCAGUCCCGCCG